UUCUGGCUAGCUUCACAUAGAUAUAGGGAGGGACUAUAUCAAGGAUAUUGCCUUUUCAAUUUGAACGGCUUUCUUAGGUAAUACGCAUUGGAUUUUCGUUGAGAAAAUACCAGAAUUCAUUGUGGCGGGGUAAGAGGAAAUUCGCAGGGUCUAUUUGUUCAAGAAAGGCAAGAAAAUGGAGUUAGAGGACGGAGUAGUGUACCAGGACGAACCCGGGACAUCGGCUGUGAUGUCGGAGCGGGUGUCCGGCCUGGCCAACUCCAUUUACCGCGAGUUCGAGAGACUAAUAGGAAAAUACGACGAGGACGUGGUGAAAGAACUGAUGCCACUCGUCGUUGCUGUGUUGGAGAACUUGGAUUCAGUAUUCGCGGAAAAUCAGGAGCAAGAAGUGGACCUAGAACUGUUAAAGGAGGACAACGAACAGCUCAUCACUCAGUAUGAACGGGAGAAAGCACUGAGGAAACAUGCAGAGGAGAAGUUUAUUGAGUUUGAGGACAGUCAGGAGCAGGAGAAGAAAGAACUUCAGAACCAUGUGGGCAGAAUGGAGUCCCAGUCCCGCCAGCUGGAGCUCAAGAUCAAGAACUACGCUGACCAAAUCGGCAGGUUAGAAGAACGAGAGUCAGAGCUGAAAAAGGAGUUCAACGCCCUCCAUCAACGACACACAGAGAUGAUCCAUAACUACAUGGAACACGUGGAGAGGAUCAAACUCCAACAGAUGAGUGGAGCAGACGCUUCUGACUCAGGAACACUGGGCAGAGUCAGGAAAGAGCGUCCCCUGUCACUGGGUAUCUUCCCCAUGUCAGGAGGGGUUUCAGUUCUGACCCCUGACCCUCAGGCCAGGUCUGAGACACCGGGGGCAGAAGCCUGGAGGUUCAAUGACCUGGGACAUACGUGCUCCAACACCAGCCUCAAGUUGGAUGCAGAUGACCCCCCAAAGAAAAGGGAGGGUAACAGUCUGCUGCAGAUCACUUGGGGGAGUUCACUCACAGACGACUGCAAGGAUGAGCUUUCUGAACUAAGCUCCAUGUCCAACAAGGCCUUGGAUGUUGUCGUGGAAGGCGAAGGGCUAAACACUAAGAGCAUGGAGGGUCAGGCUGCUCCAGGGGCCAGUUCUAUAUCGGUUGGGUUGCCAGAAAAUGAUGAGAGCUCCGAGGUACAGGAUAUUAUUGAGUCCACCCCUGAAUUGGACAUGGACCUCAGUGGAUAUAAAGCAUCCAGUACCCCAACUAAAGGAAGUAUUGGCAUUGAGAACAUGGCAUUUGACCGCAACACGGACUCUCUGUUUGCCGAACUGUCGUCUGCAGGCAUCGGGGACGUCAUAGGAGACGUGGACGAGGGGGCAGACUUGCUAGACCUUAGUUUGCUUGGCAUGGGCCGUGAGGUUGAAAAUCUGAUUCAGGAGAACACACAACUAAUGGAGACAAAGAACGCUUUGAACGUGGUGAAGAAUGACCUGAUAGCGCGUGUCGACGAGCUGUCGUGCGAGAAGGAAGUGUUACAGGGAGAACUAGAUGCCGUGACGCAGGCCAGGAGCAAACUGGAGGAUAAGAACAGAGAGCUGGAGGAGGAUUUAAAGAAAAUGCGUGUGGAGAUGGAGGAGGUGAAAGGGAAGACUAAAGAUGAGGAGGAUAGUGACGUUCCUACGGCCCAGAGGAAGAGGUUCACCAGAAUAGAGAUGGCCAGAGUCCUGAUGGAGAGGAACCAGUACAAGGAGAGACUGAUGGAACUACAGGAGGCUGUUAGGUGGACAGAGAUGAUCAGAGCCUCCAGAGAGAACCCGGCCCUCAAUGAGAAGAAGAAAUCCAGCAUUUGGCAAUUCUUCAGCCGCCUGUUUAGCUCCUCAUCGUCCAGCGCCGGCUUGAUGAAGAAGCCUGAGUCCCAGGGGAGGGAUGUGAAGUACACCCCUCCUGUAGGAGGCGGGCUGAAGAAGAGGAGCAGCACGUUCUCCCAGUUCCCCACAGAGAAGUCCAAGGCCUUUGACUUCCUCAACGAGGAAAUGGAUCCCUGUGCUUCUCCUUCCCGUAAGGAGCAGAAACGGGCCCAGUACCGCCAGGUCAAAGCCCACAUGCAGAAAGAUGAUGGACGGGUACAGGCUCAUGGAUGGAGUCUACCCAGCAAAUCCAAGGUGCUGAAUGGUACCCAGACAGACAAUAAGGUCAACAACCUUCCUGUGCCUGUCUACCUGAGGCCCUUGGACCAUAAAGACGCUUCUAUGAAGCUCUGGUGUGCGUCAGGGGUGAAUCUGUCAGGAGGGAAGACCGGACCGGUGGUGUCCAUGUUGGAAGAACAAAGCAGGAAGGGCUCCGUUAGCAGCCUUGAUCAACUGGAGACAAAGAACAAGGACCAGGAGAAAGGUGACGUGGAGAAGGAGAAAGACCUGUGUCUGCAGGAAGAGACGUCCACUAGGGUGUGGAUCUGUACCAGUACACACUCCUCUACUAAAGUCAUUGUGCUGGAUGCCAGCCAACCCGCGGACAUCCUGGACAGUUUCUAUGCCUGUAACUCACACGUCCUUUGUAUCGCCAGUGUGCCAGGUGUGUUGGAGACGGACUACCCUGCAGGGGAGGAGACAGCCAUACACCUGGACCAGGAGGCCGGGCCUGUCGACCGGGUCUCCCUGACCGGCAGUGUGGCCAGUCUGGGCUCCACGGGCAGCGAUGGUGUCAACGCAACGGAAGAGACCACGGCCGUCCCCCAGAUGGCCAACAGCGGUGUCGCGGACCCCCCGGCCCGGCACAGCUCAGUGGAUCUCUCCAGAGAGCCCAGUCCGGCAGAGGAUGGGGUGCCCACGGCGGAGGAGGCCACCGAGGCCACGGAGUCCAAUGCUGGGGGGGAGGAGGGGGAGGAGGGCCAGGGGCUGGACGUCAGUCAGCCAGGCAUCUACACAGAACAUGUGUUCACGGACCCUCUGGGAGCUGGACGCCACGAGUCCUCAACAUCAGACACCCAGAGGGACCAGGAAGGAGAGGCGUCUUUUCCAGACAACACGCUUCCUGUUGGGGAGGAGGUCCAGAGGAUGAGCAGUGCACUGCCCACCAUGUGGCUCGGCGCUCAGAAUGGAUGUUUGUACGUGCACUCGUCUGUGGCUCGAUGGAGGAAGUGUCUCCAUGCCAUCAAGCUCAAGGACUCCAUCCUCAACAUCGUACACGUGAAGGGAAGAGUCCUGGUUGCCUUGGCUGACGGCACGCUGGCCAUAUUCCACAGAGGCCUGGACGGCCAGUGGGAUCUGACCAACUACCACCUGCUAGACCUGGGCCGGCCGCACCACUCCAUUCGAUGCAUGACGGUGGUGCACGACAAGGUGUGGUGUGGCUACAGGAACAAGAUUUACGUCAUCCAACCUAAAGCCAUGAAGAUAGAGAAGUCAUUCGACGCCCACCCCAGGAAAGAGAGCCAGGUGCGUCAGCUGGCCUGGGUGGGAGAUGGCAUCUGGGUGUCCAUCCGGCUGGACUCCACCCUCCGACUCUUCCACGCCCACACCUACCAGCACCUCCAGGAUGUGGAUAUAGAGCCCUAUGUCUCCAAGAUGCUGGGCACUGGUAAACUGGGCUUCUCUUUUGUGAGGAUUACAGCCCUCAUGAUCUCAUGUAGCCGCCUGUGGGUCGGAACAGGAAAUGGUGUCAUCAUCUCCAUCCCGCUGUCAGAAGCCAUAGGUCCUCCUCAUCAAGGAGUCUUACUGAGAGGCCUCAGCGCCAACAAGACAGCGAGUUCAGUGCCAAAUCGUCCCGGUGGCGCCGUGCGGGUGUACAGUGAAGAGGGCUCCGAGAGCAUGUUGCCAGGCAGCUUUGUGCCCUACUGUUCCAUGGCACAUGCACAGCUGUGUUUCCAUGGACACAGAGAUGCCGUGAAGUUCUUUGCAGCCGUUCCAGGUCAGGUGAUCCCACCCCCCGGAACUGGAGGGGAUUCUGGGUCGGAUGACCCCGCCUCAGAGUUGUCUGAUUCUGCGACCUCUGAACCUGCCAAAACCUUCCUGGUCAUGAGUGGAGGAGAGGGCUACAUCGACUUCCGGAUGGGUGAUGAUGUAGAAGAAGUUGAUGGCCCCCUACCAGAACCCACCAUGAAGCAGACAACCCCUGCCAAAGCCGAACGCAGCCACAUCAUCGUUUGGCAAGUCACUUCCUGCCAGGAGUGAGCCAAUCACACUGCCACAUGACUACCAGGUCGCCCAACCCCCCACUGCAUGUCCCUCCCUUAGGUUUUAAGUUGUUAUUAUUGAGAUUAUUCUCAUUACUAUUAUUAUUGUUAUUAUUAUUAUUGUUAUUACUAUUACUACUGUGGAUGACUACAUUGUUGGUAAUGAUUAUUUUAGUGUCUGUUUUAAUUGUAGCUAUGAAUUUGGUCCCCAGGAAAUCAGGUAACAUUAAUAUUAGUCAGGGGUCUAGUAGUCAACAUACAUUGUGUGCACAUUGGAUAAGUGCACUUUAGGUGCCGAGCACCCAGAUAUCUGCAGCAUAUUCCAUGAGCUGAUAAUGCAGUAAGGAUCAACGUGGUUGAGAGGAAGCUGUGUGUGUGCUUCAAACGGCAAAUACAGUAAUGGCGUAGGAUGGACAAAUGAUUUAAAAUAACAAUACAGUGAACAAAGAAAAUGAACCACAUUAAUAUGACUGAGAUCACACGAGAUAACGGAACAUUAGUCUCAUUAGAUAAAAAACAUACAGUGGCUCUCAAAGGUUUUCACUCCCAUUGAACAUUGCCGCGUAUUCUUGUGUUGUAGCAUGGAAUAAAAAUGGAUUUAAACAAAGAAGUUCAUCAUACCAAAUUGAAAAAUAAAGUCUACAAAUUCUAAAUAAAUUCUAAAUACAAAACAGAAAAUAAUUGAUUGCAUAAGUAUUCUCCCCCUUUAGCCUAUUUGGUGGUGGGACCUUUGACAGCAAUUACAUCAUUUUAACUAUUUGGGUAAGUCUCUACCUGUUUAUAACAGAUUUGCUUAUUACAGAUUCACUUUGAAUGUCCUUUUGUCGUCAUGAUGUAGUUUUUCUUAGGAAUUGUGCUUACCAAUUGUGGGACCUCCCAGUGACAGGUGUAUUCAACCUGUAAUUAUGGGAUACUCCUUAAUUGCUCACAGGUGGACAAACUGAAGACAGUUGUUGCACAAUAGCUCAUUCAGGUGUGUCAUAUUAAAGGGGUGAAUACUCAUGCAAUCAAUUAUUUUCUGAAUAUUUGUGAUACAUUUUUGAAAAUCUGCUGAUUUUAUUUUUCACUUUGAAAUUAUGGACUUGUUUUGUUCUGUUUUGAACCGAGACAUAAACUCAAGUAAUUCCAUUUUGAUUUCAUAUGGUAACAAAGGUCCAGGGGAGGGAAUACUUUUGAGAACCACUGUAGUAAGACAUGGGAAUAGUUGCAUGGUUUUACACUGAGUUGAUGACAUCUUUAAAGGUCCGGUGAACUUUAAUCAUAACCGACUUUUCUGCCUCCCCUAAAAUGUUUGUAUUUAAUUUGCAUUAAUAAUAGGUUGAUGUGGUGAAUAAACAAUCACACAAGGCAAUUGUCAAAAAAACUGCAACAGCAGUGAAAUUAUCCUGUAAUGAAAUCUUGGCACAACGUUAAGUAACCUUUUCCCUGGAUCAGAGCUGUACUAGUGAACACUGCACGUAAGUUACUCAGCUAGGAAAAAAAGAACAAGUAAAAUAUACUGAACCAGUUUAAGAUUAGUUCAAACUAAGUACAUGUGCAAUCAGGCUCUGCUGAUUGGCGGAUCUGUCUGUGUAGGUGGUUAGACUGAGAGCUCUCGCUCUACCAACUUGGGUCUCUCUGAAAAUGACUGAACGUGAUGGAAAUGUGUUGAACUGUCAGGAAAGAACUCAUUGCUGUAACAUCUUUUGCUUGCCAUGGUUCUCUACAAUUGUAAGUCAUUUCUGCUUGCCUCCUGGGUUUUUUAGGAAAGUUACCAGUGUUGGUAAAAUCGAUGUCAACUUCAAUACCUUUAUGAUACACAAGAUUAUUUCCGGAGGGAGGAGAACUCAGUGAGCAAAAGGUUGUCAUUGGUGGGCAACAUUGCUUUAUGUAUGCAGGAACAUGUUUCGAUCUGUCAAGAAAAUGUUGGUUAAAGUAGAAAGCUUACCGGACCUUUAACAUUAUAAUUUAGAACUGUAUCUGAGUAGGAAUUAUGUUUACUGUCAUCUUCUCAGUGUCAAGCAUUUGAGGUUGUAUCUUAUGAACAAAGUAGAUUCAUUUUUGCUGCAUUUGUGGUGCGGGUAAUAUAAGCAAUGUUCGAACACCUAUGAGUUAAGAGGACUGUGAGAUGUACUGUGGGGGCAUGUUCCAAUACUUUUAAAAGGCUUUCUCCCUUCGUUGAAGUGAUUGGAGAGGAAGGAUCCAUUGUCAAUUAUUUGAACAGGGUCGAAGUUAGUAUCAGCCUGCAUGGGGACAUCCUUUACUGUAUCUCCGUCCAAGUGUCUGCCUGCUUUGCCAUUUUGGCCCAAAUUCUCUGUUCCACCAUUUUGAGGACAUGCUCCUGCUGGUAGCUAGAACUCACUGGCACUUUAAAAUGUAACGUAGGCCGCUUGAGGUUCAAAAUAUUCACACACAAAAAACACCUGUCCAUUGUAAUGUACACAUAUACUAAAAUGUGCUAAUUGUUUUAAGGGAAAUGGGUUUAACAGAAAAAGAAGAAAAAUCUGUGUACCCAGCUACCAAAGGACAAAAAAUAGGUGAAAAUAAUAUUUAACAUCAUAAUUAACAAUCAGUUCAUGAGUAAUCAUGUCAUGAUAACAAUAAUUAGAUACUGACUAUAUUUUAAAGGCUUCAUCUCUGGAAAAACACACACGGAAUUUAUUAAUGAACUUAAGUGUUUUUACGUUGCACUUGUUGACACGGCACUAAGAUCACUUUGUGUUUUGUGUUGUGUUGUUGCAUUUACAUACCUUAAAGCCAGUUUUUUAUUUAAUUUUUUACUUUGGAUUUUGUGCUCUUUUUGUACUCAUUCCUCUUCACUUCUAUAAAAAUCUGUAUUUUAAUGGUGUCUGUAACCUGAAAGCAGAAAAAAUGAUAAACAAGUGUUGAAUUUUUUUAUAUUUGAAAAAGCAACUGGAUUGGUAUUGGUUGGGCCUCGGUCUAAUAUCUAUUUUCCAAUUCAGAAGAAAUAUUGUCAAUAUCGUGUUGUAGCCAUUCCAGUAUUUAUUUUUCUUAUUGAGCCUCAGUGGUUCAGAAUGUAACUUUCUACAUGAAAAACUGUUAAACCAACGGGUUUGUCUGAUUAGUCAUAAAUGGUGACAUAAAAUUCAAUAAUGUUGAAUAGAAAAUGGAAAAUACGCAAAGAUCCACGUUGAAACAGUCCAGUAAUGUCUGUGGAUUGAUUUUUGGAGAACCACACAUUCAUUGUACUAAGCUAUGCAUGUUUUAAUAGAACACUGCUAUGUAUUGGUUGGUCGAAAUCCCUGUUAAUUGCCACCGUUUUGGGUGGGUGGAUGCCUGCACGUGUGUUGGAGUGUGUGGCUUGCGUGUGUGUGUGUGUGUGUGUGUGUGUGUGUGUGUGUGUGUGUGUGUGUGUGUGUGUGUGUGUGUGUGUGUGUGUGUGUGUGUGUGUUUGCGUCCCGUACCCCAUAGAAUGGUCUCAAGGAGUUUUCCAGGCCUUUCUCUGGGGCCCAUAAAGCCGUUUGGCCAUAACUGUGGUUUCUUCUGGUAAAUGUAUUCUAAAACAGCAUCAUAGCCUUAUUUUUAACAAUGUAUUAAACUCAAUUUCAUGGGUAACUCA